UCUAUCUAACUAUCUAAUCUCCACAAACCAGCACUACACCUUCACUGGCAUCACACUACAACGCCAAGAUGGACUUCGCGUCGUUAAUGUCCAAAGAAAUCUCCAAAGCAAAACCCAAAGCAGAUUCCCAAGACACCUCCAAGCCCAAAUACACCCGGCGCGGCGACCUCGAAGCCGCCCGCAUCGCCGCCUACAAUGAAGAACAAGAGCGCCUCGCCCGCGAACGCGAAGAGCGCAACGCCCUGAAACGCAAGCUCGAAGACGAAGAAGCCGAGCGUCGUCGCGAACGGGAAGAGAAGAAGCGCAAACUGGCCGAGGAGUCGCGCAAAAAGCGCGAAGAGGAAGAAGCUGCUCGGGAACGAGAGCGCAGGAAGAGACUCGGCUUGCCGGAGCUGCCGCCUACGGAGUCUGGAGAUGAUAAAGAGGGUGUGGGCAAGGAAGGUGGCGAGGAGGAUAUACCGGAGGAGGAGCUGUUGAAGAAGUUGCGGGAUAUGGAGGAGCCGGCGAUAUUGUUUGGAGAGACGCAUAAGGGCCGGCUGAGGCGGUAUAGGAGGCUGUUGCAGCGGUCGUUGACACCGCAGCCGCAGCUGUCAGAUGGGCCAAUUCCGACGACGUUGGAGCUGGUGCCGGAGGUGGAUAUGAAGAUUCCGGAGACGGCGCCGAAGGAUCUGGAGGGGAAGAAGUUCCUGUUUCGUCAGCUGGCGUCGUACUUUAAUAUGGUGCUGCGGGAGUGGGAGUUGGCGUUGGCGAAGCGAGAUGCGUCGGUGAAGUUGAGCUUGCAGGGAAAGCAGGCGUACAAUGCCAUGGUUCAGUCGCGGGAGAAUAUGAAGCCGUUGUUUCGCAAGUUUGAGAAGGUGGAUAUUGAUGAUGGGGUGCUUGAGCAUGUGGUUGAGAUUGUGUCCAAGGCGCAGCAGCGGCGAUAUGUCGAUGCUAAUGAUGCCUAUCUGAGGUUGAGUAUUGGAAAAGCUGCCUGGCCUAUUGGUGUUACCAUGGUUGGUAUUCACGAGCGAUCCGCACGAGAGAAGCUGCAUCAAAGCGAUCAGCAGGCGCAUAUUUUGAGUGAUGAGAUUACGCGCAAGUACUUGCAGAGCAUCAAACGGUGCCUCAGCUUUGCGCAGACGCGGUGGCCUCCGGAUGAUCAGCUGCAGAUCAUGGGCUAGCCAUGGUGCACGAUAGCAUUAAAUAUACCCAUUACAUCAAUCAACAUUAGAUCACUAUCUC